UGAAAACGGAUGGAGCCAUCCCCGAAAUUUUGCUCGUCCGUUUUGUUCUACAUGCAUACUUUUUGUGUCCAUCGGCCAGUGGGACCGGGCCAUAACACUGACACUUGCCGACCUGCCUUAAAAUAAUCGUACGUCUUAUUACGGGUCUUACUUUAAUCUAACAGGCCAUAGAAGCGCAGGGCGUCGUAACUUUAUCGCACAACCUGAUAAUAUAAAAUUACAAUAUCAUACAAACGAGGAAUAUGGAUACAAAGAACGAAGAACAGGGAUGCCAAUCAAAUGAGAGAGGACGAAAACAUAUAGUCAAAGACUAACGAGGCGCUAGAUACAACAAGAAAGAAAAUACCAUGAAAUGACGAAGAGAGAGAAGAAGACAUGUCAGCGUGCACGCAUUAUUGCCAUCCCUUACCAUUUCUACAAUGGUAACUUCAAUAGCCAAUUGGAAGCUGGCUACUGGUUAGGCUCCACCCCUUUCGAAGUUCGACGCGUUAUUCCCUCUCUGCUACACGGGCAAGCUACACCAUCAGUAGUUGUUUCGCGAUCAAACAGCGAACAUUGUACGCCGAGCCGUUGCUAAGGCUGCAUCUCUCAAAGUAGCAUCCAUGAGCAUCGCAUGCACUAAAAUAUUUUGACCAUGAUUCUGGUAUUUAAAAUGUCUAUUCGUCGCUGAGGUGGAAACAUCGUGCCGUUUGUGGACCUCAGGUUUGAAUGAAGUGGCAAAAAUAUGUGCGAUAGGGUUGGCUGUAUAAACGGUGGAGUGAUAAUAAUUCUUUCUUUUGAAGCACACAUUCUGGAUUGUAUCGAAGCGACGAAAUGUAAGAUUUCUAUCUCAACGUCGACGAUUUGAUGUCGUUGUAGUUCUUCAAUUCCUCCAAAAUGUCUACCGACGUGGAUUCUCUGUAUCCGCUGGUGUCAGAGAGUAGUUAUAGCUAUUCUAACUCAUCCGUUGAAAAUGAUGGCAACUGGCUGUUUCUUUUUACAGGAUCUCUCUACUACAUAGUUGCAAUCAUGGGACUCCUCGGUAAUGGCACCGUCAUUUAUGUCAUCCUGAGAUUCGCUAAGAUGAAAACUGUGACUAAUGUAUACAUCCUUAACUUAGCUUUUGCCGAUAACUUGUUUCUAAUCGCACUAUUAUUCUUAGCGACGGCGACAGUUCACCCCAUUUGGAUUUUUGGCAAAGUUCUUUGCCAUCUAGUGUACAGUAUUGAUGCAUUGAAUCUCUUUACAAGCAUAUUUUGUUUGACGCUUAUGGCGAUUGACCGCUAUGUGGCGGUUUGUUACGCGGUCAGAGCUUCUUGUUACCGAAACAUGCGCGUCGCUACAAUUAUCAACGUUGGUGUGUGGCUCCUCGCUCUCGCCGCAGCAUCACCGAUAAUGGUAUUUACUCGUUAUGAUCCCGAACAGCUCUCGUGCCGCCUACAAUUUGACAAAGUUGUUGGCCAAAAUGCAGCCUUGGCCGUGGCUAAAGCUUUCUGCUUCUACACAUUUACGAUGGGGUUUUUGAUCCCUGUGGUGGUUAUAGCAGCAUGUUACUCGAUGAUCAUGAUAAGACUUCAUAAAAUGGGCACAAAGACGGGGAAAUGGGAGAAAUCAAGAAAAGUCAACCGUUUGGUGCUGUGCGUGAUCAUUGUAUUCGUCGUAUUUUGGUCCCCUUUCUUUUUCUUCCGUUUUAUUGUAGCAUUCGACUUUGACGUUAUGCGAACUAAUUAUUUAAUAAAUGAAAUCACGAUCUUGCUCAGCUACAUGAACAGUUGUGCAAAUCCAUUCUUGUAUGGAUUUCUGAGCGAUAGCUUUAAGAAGAGCUUCAAAAAGGUAUGGCGCUGUGGUGAUAAAAGAGGUUAUGAGCUGACAUCGACGGAUCAUCGACCUUGGAGAUUACGUAACCCUUGCCUGGGAGAGAAAACAGAGAGGAGCUCUGGGAGAAGACUAGGUAAACGACGCGAUGACGACACAAUGUCAGGAACAAGGUUAAAUGCCUAUCCUCUUACAGCAGUCACAUCGGCAGUGUCUGAAAUCACCAUGCACCAGAAGAACGGGGCCACGGGAGCACCUUCAUAUGCCUGAAUUACCACCAGUCGUGCCAGUACGUUUUCUCGAAGACUGCUCGCCGAUAUACCCCGAGUGUACAUGCAUCAUUGGGUGAUCAAACCUACCUGGGAAAGAUGAGUGCAUAUGGCUUUCAUAUCGCGUUACAGGACGCCUUUCGCCAGCAGAUUAAUUGUGACUGGCCUUACUUUGAUUAGGUGACGGACGCCGAUCGAAUCAUGUUCUCAGAUGGCGUAAAAUGACCAUACAUGAUUGAUGAGAAGAAGCCACUCAGCCAAUCCAUACCUUGGAUUAUCUUGCUAUUUUCUGAACAUCGGACGGAAACAAGGGGGUAUUAUUGAGAAUGCACUCUGUGGCUUCAGGGUUUCGUGAGCAGACAAUGGUGUACUAUUGCAGAUUUUCAACAUGCAGUUCAAAUGGAAGGUGUAUCAUAACCGAUUUUCAGACAGAAAUGGCAGGCACCAUGUACUUAGAGGUUUGGGUGUAUUGCAGAAUGUGACUGCUUUCCUGGAUUUUUGCACAACGUAACCAAAUGAAACGGGACCUAUUUUUCUGGAAAACGCUAACGAAGGGAAAGGAAUGACUUUGUUGUGAAGGCUUACGCCUAAAUUGAUCAUAAAUGUUUCUUAAUUUAUCCGCGAUUACAGAACAUAAUAUAUGAGAUAAAGAUAGCCAACAAUGGUUUAGUUUAUGACAAUUUCUUUUAAAAACAAAUGAUACUGCAACUACCACAACAUUGCUAUUGUCUUCACAUUUUAUUGAGAAAUAUGGCUUUAAUAUCUUGUAUACGUUUAUCUCGUUUUUCAAGAUGUCCACUAAUCGCCAACCCAAUGUGACAUGAAUGAAAAUGAAAAUUGUGCAACUAUCAUCGAGUAGAAAGAUGUAUUAGUAGUCAGGUUAUAUUCAGGAAAUAGCGUCAACAGUAAUCAAAAUGGUUAUUAUGCCCCCGAUACUUGCUCAUCUACACGAUCAAUGCCAAGUAAACAAAUUCACUUACAUUUAAGUUAGACUAUUUCACUUAUAAGGUUCCUAUAAAAACAGUUUUCUUUGAUUUCAUCUAUAUUCAGGAUACAUGUAUUGGUUCAUCAAUCGGUUCAGAAUUCCACACGUGCAUGAAUAUGUUAUUCUGAUCGCACCGUAAUCCCUUUUUUUUUGGUGAGAUGCUAAUCAAAACUAAAACAAAUUGCAAACAAUUUGUGGCAAGAUUUAAACUUCAAAAACUUUUACCCACAAUGUUGGUAAGGUUCAGUACACCGGUGCAUAUUCAAGUAUUGCAUGCGCGUGAGGAUUCUGUCUAAGGUAGCAAUACAGUUUAGUCCUAGGAGACUGGAAAAUUUCCCGGCUGAUUAAAGAUAUAGCCCGUAGCUUUCUGACAAUCUAGAAGUAAGUGUGCGGUUCACUGUGGCUCAUCAGCCGCCCGUUUUAAACUAAUUUUCUGAUUAAAUCUGACAAAAGCUUCAGGCAUGCUGCAUUAUUAACGCCUUAAUGAAACCGGGAGUUGGUCACGUAUCCAAUUUUAUGCACCGAGUGUGAAAUUGAUUUCCAUGGUCUCUAUACAAGUCAACUAGUAAUUAAUUUUAUCAGGUUUAUCGCCCACUUUGGCAUUUCUAUCUUGCGCUGAAUGAAACUCUUAACUGCAUAUUAAAAUGUGACUAGAAUUACAUACUAAAGAUGAAGAAGUCCGUACCAAUGUGAAACUCUGUUAUUAUCUGUUUACAUAUAUUCCCCUGUGCGCACACGGAAUGGGCUCUCGGAUAAUCUAUAUUGGUGGGUUUUUUUAAGUCCUCGCUAAUAGAGCGUACUCGGUUAAUUUGUGUUUAUGUAUUAACAUUUUCCAAGACUGCUAUUGAAUAGAAAUGCAAAUAUUCGAUCUGCAUGUCUGUUGUCUUUUUUUUUUUGAAAAGGCUACUGUAUUUUUCUAACUAUGGUACCUUUUAUAACGUUACCUGAUGGAAAAUCUUUUAUUGUAUUAGUUAACAAUAUACAGUUUGGCUUUCUUGAUAAUGUUGGUUCUUUAUCUUAAUUUACUUUAAAUGUUCUUACUCCACGGUUUUUUCGAUGGAAUUGGAGAAGGAAAAAAGUAUAUCAUUAUGACUGCAUAAGUUAACACAAUAUAAUAUAAAAUGUACUUACAAAAAUAUAAAUGUUGCAAAGUGAUAAUAAGGUAAUAAAAGAAAUUGAAGCCGAAAGCUUAUUUAUGUGAAAAGAUCAUCGUAAAUUAAAUCAUCGUUAAAAUUGAGCUUACUUCAAUUGUUUUCACUUAAUGCCGUUUGGCAUCAAGUCUUCAUCGAAAUGAAGUGGAAUAGUACAUUUUUGGGAUUGUGGCUUAACAAUAUUGAAUAUCUUCAACGUAAAUGCAUUUUAUUGGCACACGAUUGUGUGGUGUUAAGAGCUAGUGAGAUAACACGUGCAUUCUCAUUGCCUUGAGAUAAGUUCGCUGUAAUUUGCUCGCAUGCAAUAUCUUUUUAAAUAGAUUGGCAUUCCCCGUCUUUGAAUUUGCUUUCCAUUACAAAUAUCUAGGUAGAGUGCAAUUAUUGCAGAGGUCCGCAUUUUAAUGUAGCAUAUAUGGAUGUUUGGAAAGCUAGCCGACAAUUAGUGUGAUAUUAAAGAAUUUUAUUCACUGAGAUGUUGUUUUCACAUUGUUGUGUAAAUAAGUUCAGUCAGCUUUUGAAAUAUGUGCUAAUUAAAUGAAAUCAUAUUCAACUAUUCAAGCCAUUUAUUAAAUGGAAGGUCGAUCAAAAGCCCAGCCCAUUGAAAGAAAUUGCAGUAGGAAAGAUAGAUUAUUUAUUUUUAUUUUUUAAAAACCAAAAAUUUAAAAAUUAAAAUCAAAAUGAUAUGCUAUACAAUUAUGGGGUUUUCUUUAAACCUUACUCAAUUUGGUCAAUUUGGAGCAGAUAUCUAGUGACAAUUCCUGCCGUGGCUACGUUCAGUGUAUGUUCGAAAGGAACAAAAGGGGUGGGUGGAGACUAAUAUAGUUUAUCCGGUGAUUACAUUAAAUUUGUUUGUUUAACAGUGAUAAAUGAAAGUCUAUAUUUACAUAUUCAAUGAGUGUUACUUUCACCUAUAUUAUUAUUAUUAUAAUCUACCUACAUGUCUUACUGAGAUUAAAUAUUAAUUAUUGGGUAAAAAGAAGUUUACGUGAUAUACAGCAUUACGCAAAUGUUAUUUUAGCUUUAACCGAUUGGCUUGAUGCAUCAGGAUUGUCGUUUGGCCAAGACCAUGAUGUUCUCAGUCAUGUGUUCUGGUCGUUAUGAACUCAUAACAAGAGCAUAAUUGACAAAACGAGCCAGCCUAUUACUAUAAUUGCCAUGGUUUUCCCGAAGGGAUCUGCGUUUCUCUCCUAAUAUCUACAGGUUUCCUUGUUAUUCCUUCCUCGUCUUGAUAUUUCCGAAAGGGCAAACUUUCUCCAACUCAGUGCAAUUUGUCAAAGCAAUUGUGUUUUUUUUAUGUGACCACAAGAGAAAUGAGCGAUGUAUAUUUUCCGUAAGAUAUUCGUCAUUGGUGGAAAUAUUAUGUAUGUAAUUUGUUAACGCUAUUUGCUCAAACAGACUUGGGAUUGAGAUGAAUGCAUGAUUGCUUUAUCUUGACUGUUGAGUUCUUGAAUUAUGUAGCGAUGGUUUUUACCUUUAACUAGCUUUGAUCGACAGUGGAACAGACAGGGAACUACCAUAGUCAAAAUUUCACAAGUAUGUAGUGUACAAGUACAAUAUUUAAAACAAAUUGGUUGUCCAAGCUUUCGAUCCAUGGCGAUUAGAGAGUGACAAAUUUGUGAAGCGGCUUUGAAGAUGAUUCUAUUUUGUCAACCAACAGUACUCUGUCAUAUUCAUAAUACUAACGGAAGCAAUUUCGAUGAAGAUUCUGCCGAUUCGAUUAUAUAUUACAUUGACUUGUCUACACAGAGAAUCAUUUGUGUGGUUACCAUUGUAGAUACAAAAUCAGACCCAGGGGAAAGUUGUUAGUGAAGAGUCUCAGCACAGUACAUUUCGCAUCUGCGUGUAGUGGUUAUAUUCUUACAUGAUGAAUUGUCGACAAUUUUUUCUUCUUAAUGGUGUGUGAUGUCUCGUAUCAAAUGGAAUAUUGUUUAGGAUUUUCAUACAUGGGAAACAGGAUUCGAACACUCAAACAAACACACACUCAAGUAAGAAUUGAAAUUGGACUAUAGUGUAUUUCAGAUGUGAACUCAACUCAUUACCUACUUGUACCGGGGUGAUCUAUGUAUUGAACCUGAAUGUGAAUGAGAAAAUUCAGUAGUCAACGGGUUUUAAUACAAGGUAAUUAAAACUAUGUAUUUGUGUACCUUAUGCAUAAUUUCAUUUUCGUUCUCAGAAGCAAAACUCAUGUGUGUUUAUCAGUGCACCGUAAGCAACAUAUGUACAUUCAUUUCUUCAAAUAUUAUUUACUUAACGAUAAACCUGAGUUCUAGUACAAAAAAGAAAAUGAUUUAUCACAGAAUCAAACGAAACGUACACUGAAUAUUCAACAUUAAAAAUAAAUGUCAUGUGCCAAACAAUUUUGGAAGA